AUGGUGGCUCAGAAUAAAGUGGAGGCAGUGGAGGAACCUGUUACGUUCAAGGAUGCGGCCGUGGACUUCACCGAGGAGGAGUGGGGGCAGCUGGACCCCGCACAAAGGGCCCUGUACAAAGAGGUGAUGCUGGAGAUCUAUGGCAACCUGGUCUUAGUGGGAAAGAAACUUUAUGACUGUGCUGAGUGUGGCAAGAGCUUCAGUCAGAGCACAGACCUUCACAUCCACCAGAGAGUCCACAUGAGAAAGAAACCUUUCGUGUGCAAUACAUGUGGCAAAGGCUUCAGUUAUAACACAAAUUUUCGUGUGCAUCAGAGGGUCCACACAGGAGAGAAACCUACUAAGUGCGAGGAGUGUGGCAAGGGCUUCCAUCAGAGCCCCAACCUUCACAUCCACUGA